AAUAAAAGGUGUUAACGUUGCACAUGAUAGGAAGUAACCAAAAAGUCAGAGGAAAUUAAAAUGAUCAUACAUGCACCCUUUCAUUCACAUGACUGAGAUGUGAAUAAUAAUGAUAAUACACACCUAAUACUAAUAGCCAUCACCAAUUAGACAGACAUUAGUUAGUUUCUACAAUCAACAUGGUAUCCAAAUUUCUCAACCUCAGUGUCUCUUCUUCUCAUCCAAAUAAUUUUCUCACCUCAAUUUCAAAUUCAAAAUAUCCAAAGCUUUCUAACUCUCUUACCCUCCUUUCAUCAAAAAAACUAAACAAGACUUUCCACGCACAAAACCAUUCCUUGCAUAAUAAUGUUUCAUUGAGAUACUCCAAUUCUAAAGUCCCUUUUUCUUCACAUGGUGUUGAAAUAGAGCCUGAUCCAACACUUACCAAUGAUGAUCUUAAGCCAACUACACCUAGCCAAAGGACUUUUUCUGGGUUUGAAAUGGCUAGCCUUUGGGUAGGACUUGUUGUGGGAGUCCCUUCUUAUUACCUUGCUGGUAGCCUUGUUGAUCUUGGGAUGGCUUGGUGGCAAGGCAUAGCUACUGUGGUUGCAGCCAACAUGAUCCUUUUUGUUCCCCUGAUCCUCACUGGUCAUCCAGGUACGCGUUAUGGCAUAUCAUUUCCGGUUCUUGCUAGAUCAUCUUUUGGCAUCCAUGGUGCUCACAUUCCCACCCUUUUAAGGGCCUUAGUUGGUUGUGGUUGGUAUGGAAUUGAAACAUGGAUUGGUGGAGAGACAAUUUUCCUUCUUUUGCCAAAUUCAAUAAAACAAAGUACAUUGUCAAAAUCUCUACCUUGGCUUGGCACUUCCCCACUAGAGUUUUUUUGCUUCUUAGCCUUCAUGGUGGUUCAAUUAUCAAUUGUAUGGAAAGGAAUUGAAGGGAUUAGAGAGCUUGAGAAGUACUCGGCUCCGAUACUCAUUCUACUAACUUCCUUACUCUUGAUUUGGUCUUAUGUUAAAGCUGGUGGAUUUGGUCACAUGCUCUCUUUAUCCUCUAAACUCUCAAAUUCAGAAUUUUGGUCUUUAUUCUUCCCUUCUCUAACUGCUAAUAUAAGUUUUUGGGCUGCUCUAGCUCUUAACAUACCUGAUUUUACAAGAUAUGCUAAGAGCCAAAAUGAUCAAAUUAUUGGUCAAGCUGGUCUUCCAAUUUUUAUGGGAGCAUUCACAUUUGUUGGUAUAGUAGUAACAUCAUCAACAAAAAUUAUAUUUGGUCAUGUCAUUUCCAACCCAAUUCAAUUACUUGGUAAAAUUGGUGGAUUUGUAACUACAAUCUUAGCAAUUCUUGGUAUAAGCCUAGCUACAAUUACAACCAAUAUUGCUGCCAAUGUUGUAGCACCUGCAAACGCUCUUGUAAAUCUUAGUCCAAUGUGGUUCAAUUUUAGAAGAGGAGCUAUAUUAACAGCAUUUCUUGGAAUUGCAUUUCAACCUUGGAAGCUUCUUAAAUCAAGUGAGAGCUUUGUGUAUACUUGGUUAGUUGGUUAUUCUGCAUUGAUGGGUCCAAUUGGAGGAAUUAUUCUAGUGGAUUAUUAUCUUGUGAAGAAAACUAAAUUAAGCAUUGGAGAUUUGUAUUCAAGAAAUCAUUAUGGUGCUUACUAUUACACUAAGGGAUUUAAUGUGGCAGCAAUUGUGGCUCUUGUUUUUGGAAUGUUACCUGUGAUUCCUGGUUUAUUGAAUAAAGUUGGAACGUUAAAAUCAGUUUCAGAAACUUUUGUUGUUGUCUAUAAUAAUGCUUGGUUUGUUAGCUUCUUUUCAGCAGGAUUGUUUUAUUGGAUUUUGUCGAGUUUGAUAAAGAAACUGGUGGAUGAAUAUGCUAGAGACAACUCUUAACAUUCUCCCAAGUAAAAACAUUUGUAAAUUGCAUAUAUAUUGCGUUAUAUUAUUGUUCUUAGUUUAGGAGUUGGACUCGUGCGUGAUGUUGGCUUGUAAGUUCAAUAUGAAUGAAUGAAUCUCUUUGCUAUAUAUGAUAUUAUUUAAUUGUUAGA